AGAUCGCCAUCUGCCCCAACAACCACGAGGUCCACAUCUACCGCAAGGAUGGGGCCAAAUGGAGCAAAGUCCAUGAGCUGAAGGAGCACAACGGGCAGGUGACGGGCAUUGACUGGGCCCCUGAGAGCAACCGGCUGGUGACAUGCGGGACUGACCGCAACGCCUACGUCUGGACCCUGAAGGGCAAUGUCUGGAAACCCACCCUGGUCAUCCUGCGGAUCAACCGGGCUGCCCGCUGUGUCAAGUGGUCGCCCAAGGAGAACAAGUUUGCCGUAGGCAGUGGCUCCCGGCUCAUCUCAAUCUGCUACUUUGAGCAGGAGAAUGACUGGUGGGUUUGCAAGCACAUCAAGAAGCCCAUCCGCUCGACGGUGCUCAGCCUCGACUGGCACCCCCACAACGUCCUCCUGGCCGCCGGCUCCCGCGACUUCCA